ACCAAAAUUCACCGCGCCGCGCCACCAAAAUUCACCGCGCCGCGCCACCAGAAUUCACCGCUCCGCUGCACCAAAAUUCACCGCUCCCGCGCUGCUCUGCCAAAAUUCUGCGCGACGUGCACUGAAACCAUGGGCGGCGCACGAAUCUCCGCUCGCACGCGGCCCACGACGGCUGCAAAGCAGACCUCUGCCACCAAGCGCAAGCGCGACCAUGUCGACGUCGAGCAGCUGGAGGCGGCCGUUGCGGCGCUGGAACCAAAGUCGGGCUCCUACAGCGACUUCACCGACCUGCCCCUCUCCGAGCCGACCAAGGCCGGCCUCAAAGCAUGCCACUUCGCCGUCAUGACCGACGUCCAGGCCAAGGCCAUCCCGCUUGCCCUCCAGGGCCACGACAUACUCGGUGCCGCAAAGACGGGCAGCGGCAAGACGCUGUCCUUUAUCCUCCCCGUCCUCGAGAACCUGUACCGCCUCCAGCACGUGGGCGCCGACGCGGGCCUCGGCGCCCUGAUCCUCUCGCCGACGCGCGAGCUCGCCAUCCAGAUCUUCGACGUGCUGCGCAAGAUUGGAAGACACGGCCACAUGUUCGCCGCGGGGCUGCUGAUUGGGGGGAAGAGCCUCGAGGCCGAGCGCGACGCGCUGACGCGAAUGAACAUCCUGGUCGCAACCCCCGGCCGCAUGCUGCAGCACCUGUCGCAGACGGCAGCCUUCCACGUCGACGACCUGAAGAUGCUGGUCCUGGACGAGGCCGAUCGCAUUCUCGACAUGGGCUUCCAGAAGGACGUCGAUGCCAUUGUCGAAUACCUCCCCAGGGACCGCCAGACCCUGCUCUUCUCCGCAACCCAGUCGAGGAGGGUGUCGGACCUGGCCCGCCUCAGCCUCCACGAGCCCGAGUACGUGUCCGUUCACGGCGAGGACAAGAGCGCGACCCCCAACGGCCUCCGGCAAAACUACAUUGUCUGCCCCAUCGAGGACAAGAUGGACACGCUGUGGAGCUUCCUGCAGGCGAGCAAAAAGUCCAAGAUUCUGUGCUUCUUCUCCUCGGCCAAGACGGUGCGCUUCGUCUACGAGUCUUUCCGCCACAUGCAGCCCGGCAUCCCACUGCUCCACAUCCACGGUCGCCAGAAGCAGGGUGCUCGCCUGGACACGACUGCCAAAUUCUCGGCCGCCAAGAACUCUUGUCUGUUCGCGACAGACGUCGCCGCCCGCGGCCUUGACUUCCCGGCCGUCGAUUUCGUCAUCCAGGUCGACUGCCCCGACGACGUCGACACGUACAUCCACCGCGUUGGCCGCACCGCCCGUUACAACCGCGAGGGCCGGGGUGUUUUGUUCUUGGCACCGAGCGAGGAGGAGGGCAUGCUCCGGCGCCUCGAGCAGAAAAAGGUCCCCAUCGAGGUCAUCAACGUGCGCCAGAAGAAGAGGACUUGCAUCCGGGAGCAGCUACAGAGCAUGAACUUCAAGGAUGCCUCGAUCAAGUACCUCGGCCAGAAGGCCUUUAUGACACACGUCAAGUCGCUCUACCUGCAGAGAGACAAGGACGUCUUCAAGCUGAGCGAGUACAACCUCGAAGCCUACGCCGCAAGCCUGGGUCUGCCGGGAACACCGCGGAUCAAGUUCCUGCAAGACGACGACAGCAAAGCGAAGAAGCAGGCAAACAGAGAGAAGACGGAACCAUCAGACGACUCGGACGACGACGAAGACCCAAAGGACGCGAAGCCCGUGCGAACAAAGUACGACCGCAUGUUCGAGCGCCAGAACCAGGACGUUCUCGCAGAGCACUACAAGAAGCUCGUCCGCGACGUCGACGACGGCGACGACGACUUCAUGGCCGUCAAGCGCCGCAUCCCCGCCGACAGCGACGACGGCGACGCCGCCGCCGACAACGACACCUUUGGCAUCGACGAGACCACCGAUCCAUCGCUGUCUGGCGGCAAGGUCGUCAACCUCGCGGGCGCCUCGCAGCCCCUGGUCAUUGACUCGAACCGCCGCGAGAAGCUGCUCAAGUCCAAGAAGAAGCUGCUGCAGUUCAUGGACAAGGGCAAGAAGAUUGUGUACGACGACGACGGCAACCCGCACGCGGUCUACGAGCUGGAGAACGAGGCCGACUUCAAGGCCCGCGGGCUGCCGGAGGCGCAGCGACAGAAGUUUGUCGAGCAGGCGCGCCAGGUUGUCGAGCAAGCUGACGUCGACGACAAGGCCGCGGCCCGCGAGAAGCGCAGGGAGAAGCUCCGGAAACGCAAGGACAAGGAGCGAGGCGAGCUGGUCGCGGCGUCUGACGACGAGGACGGCGGCCUCCAGCUCCCGGACAACGGCGAAGACUUGCUCGCGCAGUUCAGAGCCGACGCCGAGUCGAGCGACGCGGACGACGGGGACGACGAUGCCGAGGAAGCGCCGCAACUGGUCGACAAGAAGCCGAAGAAAUGGUUCCAGUCCGACUCGGAAGACGACGCGGGGAGCAGCAGGAAGAAGCGCAGAAGGGGCAGGGACGCGCGGCACGUGGUCGAGCAGCCGGAAACGCUCGAGGACAUGGAAGACAUGGCUGCCAGGCUGCUUGGCUAAGCCGUCUGGCCAGUGUGUGCAUGGCGAGAUAUCCACAUUGCACUACAUCGCAUCACAUCACAUUGUAUUGCAUCACAUCACAUCGCAUCGCAUCACAUUGUAUUGCAUCACAUCAUAUCGCAU